AUGGCGGCGCCAGAUCCAAACCCCCCACAAUCUAGGAACAAAGAAUGGCUUGCAUUUCACCGUAAGCACGAAGAAGACAUGAAGAGUUUCGAUCGAAUGGCUCAGGAUGCCCAUGCCAAAUUACAGCAAAAGCUUGAGAAGGAGCGCGCAGAACUGGUCGCCAAACACGCGAGUGAGAAGAAGGCGUUCAAGACCGGGCUCAAUGAAUCAAGCAACAUGCAUGACUGCCAAGCAAAUUUGGAUAGAAGAGUCGUAGGAGCUCGUUCGCAAACGGUAUCACCCACAAUUACUGGUGUUAGAGGUGAACAAACAUCGACUACAACAUCCUUGAAUCUUCCAGCGGAUAAGAAAGCCUCGCCUUCCGUAUUCAUCAAUCUUGUCUCUGACGACGAGGAGACGAUUUCACCACAGGAGCCAUCACCGGUUCAAAUCCCAUCGGCUAUACGACAACUAUAUGGAGAUUGCCCAAAGACAGGAAAGGUUUCUUCAAAGCCUCCACAGAUUAAACGUACGCAUAGCUUGUUUAGCCAGACGCAAUCGACUCCGUUUGCAGCAUCACAUGCACAACCUCAGCAUGGAGCAAAUACCGCAAAACCGUCUAUUCUGAGCUCAGGCAUCUUUCCACGUGCGCAGACAACAGGCGUUCCACUCCAGGCGAAGCAGACACCACUAGAGAAAGAGACUCAAUCCUCGACGGCCAGGCGACCGGUAUUCAAGCGUCGCUCCUUGCUAGACAAUAUUGACUUUCCAAGGGCUCGCUCUCUUACCAACCACGCCAAUUCGUCUGGUAUCAGCGGGGCCAAGAAAGGCAAGAGGAAAGUGUGGGACGUCAGCAGUGAUGACAGUAGUGACGAUUUUCCACCUUCUGGUGGUAAUGAUGGCGAUGAUGAGCAGGAAACUGCUGGAGAAGUAAAGAGAAGGGGUAUUAACAAAUCAAAGAUGCAAGGGAAGACAAAAGCAUCUAGUCCAACAGCAAAGAAAGCUAGGAUGCGUACUCUCUCCCCACUAGGCAGAAACUUCAGUGGUAUUUCCCGUGAGAAGAACAGCUUUAGCUUUCACCCGUCGCCAAGAUCGAAUGCAAAGGUUAACAAUCAAGCACUUUCGUCAUCGCACGGUAUGUCGCCACGCACAGCAGGAGGUCACAAUCAGCCAGGUCUCCUAGAUGUACCUAAAUUCACCUCGAAAAAGUCUGCUGGUUCAACCGCAACUACCCGCCUAUACCGGAAGGCCAAACUAGACGCUCAUGAAAGGAUCUCGCACCUCAAUCAACAAACAGCCACGUUCUUGGCCGAAGAGGAAUCUGAAUCCGGCACUAUGGAGGAAAUGGGAAGUGGCCUACGAAGUAUAAGCCUUACCCCUCGCCACCGCAUAACUGGUCCUUUUGGAGAGAAGGUCGACAUGCUCGCCGAGACCUCAGACGACGAGAGCGUCAAGGCUCCUGGUAGGCGUCGCAACACCAAAGCCAGAGCCAGAGCACUCAGUGACGAGGAAGACGGAUGGAAGUCAUGGACGGAGUUGCGCGCAAAGGGGGACAGGCAUCUUGCUAAAUACCAGGCAACAAUCUCUGACGACACGUAUGAGGAGAAUGAUGAGGAUGAGGACGAAGACUCAGAGCCCGACAUUAGUAAGUACACUAUUGUGAAUGGAGUUAUUAUCCAUGACAACGAUGUAGAAUCCAUAGAACUGAUAUAG